UCCAGCGUUGAUUGAGCCAAGUACAGCAUGCUGAGCCAAAUCAUCCUAGCUGCCCUGGCCACCCGGGCUUCCGCCGACUGUACGCGAGCAUACCUGAAAGCGGCAACAGGCGACUACCUCGCUGCCCAGCUUUCAGGUCAGACAUCAGGAGUGACCGCAUUCACCUCUCCUAAUCUGACCUACUGGGAGAACAACAAGCCUCUCAACAUCUCGUCAGGCACUCUGUCGCAACCGAUCAAAAUUGACUACAAUUUCAGCGCGCACGACACGGUUCGCUGCGCCACGUUCACCGAGCUGGUUGCGGCAACGAACCCUCAUCCCUACGUCAUCCACACGCGCAUGGUAUUCAAGGAUGGCGAUGGGAAAGCGGACUUGAUCGAGAGCAUCGUCACCGAUCAGGGAGACUGGCUCUUCAACGCCACCGGAACGCUCGACCUCAUUAAACCAGAGGACUGGUCUCCCAUUCCGAAAGAAAAGCAGAACAGUCGCGCUGUCGUCCAGUCUAUGGGAGACGCGUACUUCGACCGCUUCGGCAACACUUCCGUCACCGUUCCCUGGGGCGCGCCUUGCUAUCGGGUAGAAGGGGGGCUGGCUGCACGAGGGACAUACCACAACGAUACUGGCUUCUGCGAGCAAGCUUGGCCGAGCACUAUUAUCGUCCCGUACCGCAGGUAUGUGGUGGAUGAGGAAUACGGCGUGGUGGAUAUGUUUGUUGGAUUCCCGGGGCUCGACCGUACGCAAGGCCAGGAUCCGAUGCCGGAUAGUCAUCUGUUUAGGGUGGAGGAUGCGAAGAUCAAGUACGCGCAUACGGCGAGCGCUUGUGUUGUUGCGGGAUGUGGGCUGAAUGGGGACGGUCGCUCUGACCCUUCUACACGCUUGUCCUCCGCCAUACUUACACCCGCCUUAAGCUUUAUACUAGCAUCUAGAUCCUGA